AUGGCUCCGACGCAGCUAGCAGGAUGGCGGAAUAAACCCAGCACUGAAGAGAAGGAGCGUCGAAAUACGGUGGGAAUCAACCUCGAGACUGUGACGCAUGUGACGUCGACGGAUUACCCAGGCCAUGUGCCAGGCGAAGAUGCGGCCUUCACCAUUGACCGCUUCCGCGAUGACUUCUCCGUUCACUUCCACCAGAACGAGCCCUCGCUUGCGUCCUUCUCCCUCGUCGGGCUCGACGCCUCGCUCGCGAAUGCCUUCCGCCGCAUCCUCAUCUCCGAGAUCCCUACGCUGGCGAUUGAGAACGUCUACAUUGAGAACAACACGUCGGUCGUCCAAGAUGAGGUGUUGGCGCACCGUCUAGGCCUCAUCCCCUUCAACGGCAGCCGCGACGGCAUCCACAACUUUCUCAAGUGGCACAAGAAACCCGAGGCGGGCGAGGAUCCCUAUGCGGGCUGUUUCGACUGGAACACGGUGCGGCUGGACCUCAACGUCACAUGCACCGUCAACAAGGAGGCGGCGGCGGAUGAGCCGGACCCGACCAAGGCCUAUCACAACGCGCACGUGUACGCGAGGGACAUUGUGUUUGUGCCGACUGGCAAGCAAGCCGAAUACUUUAGCGGCGAGAAUUCGAUCCGGCCGGUAAACCCGGAUAUCCUGAUUGCCAAGAUGCGGCCGCGGCAGACGAUCAACCUGUCGAUGCACAUGCACAAGGGCAUCGGUGCCGACCACGCCAAGUUUUCUCCCGUCGCGACGGCCUCGUACCGGCUGAUGCCUACCAUUCAGAUUUUGAAACCCAUCCUCGGGGCUGAUGCUGAAAAGUUCGCCCGAUGCUUCCCCGAAGGCGUCAUCGGGCUUGACACGGUCAGCAAGAAGGAGGCCGGUGUACCGGGCAGCCCUUACGAGGGACAUGCGGGCGAGAUCAAGGCUGUCGUGAAGGACGCGAUGAAGGACACAGUCAGCAGGGAGUGCCUGCGGCAUCACGAGUUUGAGGGCAAGGUGAAGCUGGGGCGGAGGAGAGAUCACUUCAUCUUUUCGAUUGAGAGCACCGGUCAGUGGGAUAGUGACGAGCUCUUCCUCGAGUGCAUCAAGCAUCUGAAACUCAAGUGCAAGAAGCUUGAGCAGCACGUUGUCAACAUGGCGCGGUGA